CCUGCGACCAAACUCGAAGAGGUUAACCGGCUUAAUGUAUCUGCUGUUGGACGCACGUUGAAUUUAAGCGAAGAGAUAGCGAACUGGUUAAAAUGAGUUUAUAGAUAAGAUUAAAACAGUAAUAAUAAUAAUAAUAAUAAUAAUAAUAAUAAUAAUAAUAACAACUCUUAAGGCACUUUAUUGUAGUAAACAGGCUGCAGGUUGUAAAGGUGAACGAUGCAGCGCCUGUUUUGUUCGCGGUGGGUCAUUUCCGGAGUGUCCUUGGCAGUCGGCGCCGGUGUCGGUGUCGGUGUCGCUCUGAGCAGCGCUUCAAACCGCCUUCGCCCUGAAGAUGGCCUCCUCCAGAGAAUCCCCGUCAUCCCGAUGCCAAGCGUGAACGCAGCGUCUGAAAUAAUCCCGUAUCAGCAUGGUCAGUUAACCCCGAGCAAGUCCACGGCGGCGGUUAAAUACGGCUUCCCGUCUCUGUCGCACAUCAGAUCGCGGGAGUCUUAUGUCACCUGUUACGAUCCGCGGAGCAGGACGCCGGCCUGGGUGAUCGAGCAGCUCAGCGCGGACACUCUGAGCGGAACAUCCGACCGGAAGCUGUGCGACUUUAAGGAGGAUGAUUCGGUGCAUGUGUACCACCGAGCGACGAACAGCGACUACAAGGGGAGUGGCUUUGACAGGGGACAUCUGGCCGCCGCUGCGAAUCAUAAAUGGAGCCAGAAGGCCAUGGAUGACACUUUCUACCUCAGCAACGUGGCACCGCAGAAUCCUCACCUAAACCAGAAUGCGUGGAACAAUUUGGAGAAGUACUGCCGCUCUCUCACUAAACACUACGAGAACGUGUACGUGUGCUCAGGGCCGCUUUAUCUGCCCAGGCAGGAGCCUGAUGGGAAGAUGUAUGUAAAGUAUCAGGUGAUCGGGAAGAACCAUGUGGCAGUUCCCACGCAUUUCUUUAAGGUUGUGAUUCUGGAGAAGAAGCGUGGCGAGGUGGAACUGCGAUCCUACGUGAUGCCCAACACACCCGUCGAUGAGAAGAUCCCACUCGAGCGCUUCCUGGUGCCCAUUGACAGCAUCGAGAGAGCAUCAGGUCUGCUGUUCGUCCCCAACAUCCUAAAGAGGACCAGCAGCCUGCAGGCCAUUACUGCCAGGGUGUGAUCAUCUCUCCACACACACACACACACACACACACACACACACACAACACACAACGCUGAAUGUAUGGUCUGAAAGAAAUAUAAGGUACAUUUACUUGAACAAUUGAGAAUUAUGAAUAUUCAUUGUUUAAGAUUUAAGUUCAGGGAAAAAAAUCCUGUUGCUACAAAAUUCGUGAUUAGUCACUGAUAGCUACUGAAAAAAGCUUAAGCUACUGUACGAGAUUUUUAAGCAUAAACAUCAAAGAUUAAUAUAUUUUAUUCUAAAAUUGUCAAUUGUCAAUUGUAUUGAAUGUUCUAAUAAAAUUUUUUUUAACAACUUGUGUAUGUUAGUUCUCUAACAGUUUUAAACUUAACUGCACUGAGACUUUGUUGUUUUUUUUUUUUUUUUUUUAUUAAUUGUUUCUACAGCACUAGUCUGAAUCUGUAUUUUUGUGUAGUGUAUCUUAAUCCUGUUUCAGACUCAGGGGUUAUUAUACAUUUUAAGGUACAGUUAAGCUGAAGAGCAGAAGUACCAUGGAUACAUGACACGAUUUAAAGAAAAAAAUUUUAUACCCUUCUGCAAAAAUUAAUAUCUUAGCAAGUAAAAACAUGAAUAUAGGCAACUAAUAGUUCUCUUUAUUUGACAAGUAUAAAUAUGUUAUGAAUAUAAAUAUAAGAUUAUGAAGCCUAUUUCUAGACAUUUGAACUCAUUUCAAAUUUGAAGUGUUUAUUUCUGGAAAGAAACAAAAUUAUCUGCCAAUAGAGUAAGAGAUUUUUAAGCUUGUAAUUGGUAAAUAAGUCUAUAAAUGGGUUUAAUUUCUUAUAUUUAUGUCAUGAUAAUCUCAUGAUGAGAAAUAUUAGAGAACCUAUCUUUCGUUCAAGUUACCUUCACUUGCGCAGAUAUUAUUUUUGUAGUGAAUGCUUCAUACCCAAGGAGUGGUGAAACAAGCUCCAUUAACCAGUCAUAACUGAAAGGACAUUUUUUGUGUUAUUACCUUGUAUAAAAUGAUUAUCUUUUCUUUCAGAAUUAAAUAAGCAGCGUUUUAACAGAUUGAAGAAAAACUUGAUUGAAGCAUUGUGCCUGAGCUUUUGGACAGUUUUACUGACCAGUUUAUGAAAAUGCUGAUAAUGAUGAUGGAAUAAAGUUUCAUGCUGCUUUAUAGAGAAAAAUAAAAAAAAUUGUAAGUAAAAAAAA